AUGGGUGUCGCCAGCGUGGGCCGGAAUUUUGAGUCGCCACAGCCUAUUGAUGCCAACCUGCAAGAUCAUUGUCUCAACCUGCAAUGCGACGUAAGGGCGCGGGACUCGGUGACUCGCGUUUAUGAGCGCGCACUGGAGCACUUCGGCCGCGUUGACAUUGUGGCCAACUGCUCCGGCUACGGCGUCAUUGGCGCUUGCGAGGACCAGGAUGAGCAUGAGAUCCGCAACCAAUUCGAGACCAACUUCAUGGGCACUUUGCAUAUCCUCCAGGCCAUUCUGCCGUAUUUCCGACAGCAACAAGCCGGCCGCUAUCUCAUCUUCAGCUCUACCUCGGGGGCACUGGGAGUUCCAGGACUGGGCCCGUACUGCGCGACGAAAUACGCGGUGGAAGGCCUCAUCGAGGCCAUGCUUUAUGAAAUCGACGCAUUUAACCUGAAGGCCACGCUCGUGGAGCCGGGUCUGGUCCGGAGAGACGAGCCAGACUCACAGACCAACCCGCUCCCGACAUGGGGCCACUUCCUUAUCAAACCCGCUAGCGAGCCAUAUAGCCAGGAGUCCUCACCAGCACUACAUGCGAAGAGGAUGGUGACGUGGCUUGGGGACCGGCAGCCCACGAGCGCGGUAAAGUGCGCGGAGCUGGUUUGGCAGCUAGGACACUGCUCGUACCCUCCACUGCGGCUGUUACUGGGGAGUUAUGCCAUCGAGAGCAUCCGCGACAGGCUCAGGUCAGUGACGGAGGAGAUUGAGGACUGGAAGCAUCUAAACUUCCCCGUACCGCCGGGUGAGGAAGGCUCACCAGAGGCGGGGGAGAAAAAGGUCAUCAAGGAGGAGACAAGCGAGGAGAGGGGCGAAGAUCCCGCCGACUUGACAGAUCAGGGCGACACAAUCAUGGCUGCUUCAUAG